AUGUCCAAAACAAAUUAUACCUGCCUAUGCAAGAGAACUUUUACGGCCCAAAAUUAUUUUAGCCAACACCAGCGCUCAUGCUCGCAUAUGAAAAAGCGAUUAUCAUUGGCGAUAUCUUCAUUCAAGGAAUUCGUAGGAUGCAGGAAAAGGACACGCGCCUCUCUUGGAUCGCUGAGUGACGCAUCUAAUGUGCUCACCACUCAUCUCAGCCCUGAAGAUGCCAACACUUCAGCAGCAACACAUUGUCAUGAUGCUGGGGUAGUUCCACCACCUACCCGAUUACCAUCCUCCGGAGCAGGGAUCGCGCCCCCAGAUCGCAAAGGAGGUGAUAUUGAAGAAGGGGAGGAUCUGCCCCUCAGAUUCAGGGACGUGCUUCCUCUGCCUCCCCCUACAGUGCCUAUGGAAGUGCGAGACCAUCCUCCAGAAUCUACUGGAUCCGUCAUCGUGACAGAUGAACGACCCGCCUUACCUGUGCGCAAGAUUUUUCGUACCCCCUCAAAUAUUUUUGGGUUAGUGCGCCAAUACUUCUCUUCGGAACCUCCAUCCCAUGAUCCAGAAGAGUACAUCACUCUUGCCGACCUCUCGCUCUUACCAGGCAGCCCUAAUGUCACCGAAGGACCAACUUUAAGCAAUGACUCUCAGUACCAUCCCUAUCCAAAUCGCUCAUCUUUCCAGCUUGGCGAUUGGUAUUGGAAUCAAGGGGUCCAGAAGUCGCAAGGUGACUUCACUAAACUACUGAAGAUUUUGGGCGACGACAGUUUUGAUACCGCUGAAGUGACUUCUACCCAUUGGAAGCAAGUCAACUGUCAACUGGGCACAAAUGAGUACGAUGUGGAAGAUGGUGACAAAUGGGUCGAUGAAGAUGCCAACUGGAAAAGAACUCUGAUUUCUAUUGAGGUUCCCUUCUGGCGCACCACUGACACGCCAGGCUCUCAAUCGUACCAAGCCACCGAUCUUUACCACUGUUCCCUGGUCGCUGUCAUACGCGAGAAGCUCGCCAAUGCUCGAGACAACAAACUUUUUCAUUACGAGCCAUAUCAACUUCGUUGGACUCCUCCCCACCUGGAUGGUGAAGUUCCCAUAUAUGGGGAUAUGUACACGUCUCCUGCUUUCCUCAAGGCCCACAGUCAACUGCAAGAAUUGCUGGGGGAACCAGGCUGUGACCUCCCUCAAGUAGUAGUGGGCCUGAUGUUUUGGUCCGACGCGACACAACUUACUUCGUUCGGAAAUGCUAAGCUUUGGCCCACGUACAUGUACUUCACAAAUGAGUCUAAAUAUCGACGGUGUAAGCUGUCCUGUAACUUGAGCAAUCACAUUGCUUACUUUGAGAUGCUCCCCAAAUCAUUCAAAGAUUUUGCUGGCGGGGCCAGCGAGGGUGCCACUCACUGCUGUCGAGAAUUAUUCCAGGAGCAAUGGAAUAUCUUAUUGGAUGAUGAGUUUGUAGAUGCUUACAUGCACGGAAUAGUCGUUCACUGUUGCGAUGGCAUCACGCGCAGAUUUUAUCCUCGAAUUCUGACAUACUCUGCUGAUUACCCCGAGAAAGUACUUAUUGCGACAGUUAGAAAUCUAGGAGGGUGCCCGUGCCAUCGCUGCCUCAUUCCAAAGGAUCGGGUGCAGAAUGUGGGAAGGCCUCAGGAUAGGCAGGAAUGCCAGACCCUGGCGCACAAUGCUCAGAGCAGAGAGACUCUGAUCAGCACUGCACAUAAGUUGAUUUACGAGAAAAACUAUGCAGUUAGCAGCGUAGCGGUGGAAAACAUCUUGAAGGCACAGUCCUGGGUACCCACCUCAAACGCUUUCAUAGAUAAGCUCGGCGAAUUGGGUUUUAAUAUUUUUUGUGCUCUGGUGGUAGAUCUUCUCCACGAGUUUGAAAUCAGCAUAUGGAAGAUGUUGUUUAUCCACCUAUUGCGAAUCCUUUCAGCACAAGACAAGGGUUUAAUAGAUGAAUUAGACAAGAGAUAUAGGCAAACCCUGACAUUCAGUGCAGCUACCAUUCGAAAGUUUUCGACUAAUGCUUCCGAAAUGACGCGUAUGGCUGCUCGAAAUUUUGAGGAUCUCCUGCAGUGUUCUAUCCCUGUAUUUGAUGGUCUUCUCCCCGAACCUCAUAACGGAACUGUGCUGAAGUUGCUAUUCACUAUGGCUCAUUGGCAUGGGCUGGCAAAGCUUCGGAUGCAUUCUGAUUUGACUCUUGAGGUCAUGGACGAAGUAACAUCGGCGCUCGGGCAACAAUUUCGUAAAUUCAAAGCUAUGGUUUGCGAUGCGUAUCAGACCCGGGAAUUGCGUAAGGAGGCUGAAGCUCGCGCCCGACGCCUUGCGAAGAAAGCGGGGAAGCAGGCAACAGUGCAAAAAGGAAAGGGAAAACAAAGGUCUGGCCUCUCAACGCAAGGGCAGGAGGAAGAGUCGGGGAGAGUUGUUCAGAGUGUACAGCGCAUGAAGACUUUUAAUUUUCAAAUGUAUAAAUUUCAUGCGUUAGGAGACUACGUGUCUAUGAUACGUUGUUAUGGCACGUCUGACUCCUAUAGUACUGAACUGGGAGAACUCGAACAUCAUUCUCCCAAAGCCAGGUAUCUAUGUACUGAUCGCAAAACAUUUGUGAAACAGCUUACUCGAAUCGAACACCGUCAAGCUCGUAUUUGCCGUAUCGGGGACAGAACUGUUCAUCGUCCCCAUUUCGAAAUUUCCGAGUUGGUGACACAUCCUGAAGCUCAUCACCACAUUGGCCUGACACAAAAGUGCUAUCUACACAUAGGAUCGUACCUGCGCAGCUACAAAGGUGAUCCUGCCAUCAUAAAUUUUCUUCCGAAACUGAAGAGUCAUCUAUUGUGUCGCAUCAAUACGUCGAGAGAUUCUCCAGGCUACAUCAAUGAACACAACAUCAAUACCAUCAUCAAGGACAACCAGAUGUAUUGGCACAAUAUCGCAAGGUUUAACUACACAACCUAUGAUGUUCGCAGAUCUCAAGAUGUGAUUAACCCGAGGACUUCCCAUUGUAACGUCAUGGUCUUCCGCUCCAACACCGACACACAGAACAUGGGGCAUAAAUAUAUGUACGCGAAGGUACCAGGUAUAUUUCACGUGAAUGUGAUCUUUAUCGGCACUGGCAUGAUCGACUACACUCCCCUUCGAAUGGAGUUCUUAUGGAUAUGCUGGUACGAGCCCAUAAAUCAGUGCCCUACCUGGGAGGCUUCCACUCUGGACCGACUUACCUUUCCACCCCUAGCGCAUGAGCACUUGUUUGACUUCCUUGAUCCUGCGGAUGUCUUGAGGGGUUGUCAUAUCAUACCGCGUUUCUCCUGCCACAAAAAACAUGUGGAUGGAUUGGGUAUAUCCGCAAGUGCGGGAGAUAAAGAUGAUUGGUCCAAGUACUUUGUUAAUCAGUUCGUGGACCGCGACAUGGUUAUGCGCUUCCAUUUUGGACUUGGUGUUGGCCAUGUUUACUCUCACCAUCACGCUGCGCAUACAAUUCAGCAAGAUGGUAUGGCAGCGCAGUAUCAUGUCAGAGAAGCUGAUGAUGAUGACACUGCAUUUUUGGAGGAUGAUAAGGGCCCGCAAGAUGAGGAAGACGAUGACGAUGAUGAUGAUGAUGAUGACAAUACUCAGAUGAAUCACCCUGAUGAACAGUGGUAUGGUAGUAGUCAGGAAUCGCUGGUAGAACAGUUUGAAGAGAUGUAUGCAAGUGAAGUAGCAUUAGAUUACAAGAACUAG